GAGAGAGAGGGAGAGAGAGACGCAUGGUGGCAGCUGUAAUCUUUAGUACGGCUCUCACUCUGGGGAACUUUCUGAAGCUGGAUCUGUGCUCGUUCUUCCUCUUCGGCUGUUAGGAGAAGAGCACAGCGCUGUUUUCACAGGUUCCGAUGCCGAAGCUGAAGGAAACACAUCUAACAUCCACCGACACUGGAGCACGUGACCGUUUGCGGAAUGCGUGAAUCCUCUAACACUUUUUUUCCUUCUAUCUGCGUGCUUUUCAAGCCAGCAUGGUUGACAGCAGACAGCUGUGAGUGAAGAUGAGGAGGGCCUUGUGGCUGGUGAGGAGUUUGGAGAUUGGGAUUGUCCUGCUAUCUAUCAUCCUCCCUUACAUCAGGGCUCAGGGAGCAGAAGACUGGCAUUAUGAUGAGUGUAAGCUGUAUCGAACUGGACCCCCUGCCACUAUUGUUACUAUUGAUGAAGAGAGUCCAAAUGGUACAGUUCUGGUGGAGAACAUGCAGAUUAACGGUCGAGCGCAGGACCCGGGCCGGACCAUAUCUCUUACUUUACUGGGGAACUAUGACUAUUGGGUUAUACUGGACCCUAUCCUCCAGAGACUCUACCUCAACAGCACUGGAAGAGUACUGGACCGAGACCCCCCCAGAUACAUUACCACUAUAGUGGUUCAGGUUCAGUGCAUUAAUGAGCUGGUGGGCACCGUUAUUCUGCAUGAGGUGCGCAUUGUGGUACGUGACAGGAACGACAACACACCGCAGUUCCAGCAGCCUCGCUAUUACGUGGCAGUCAAUGAGCUCACUCCUGUUGGCACCACCAUCUUCACUGGUUUCUCUGGAAACAACGGCGCCACUGACAUCGACGAUGGACCAAACGGGCAAAUUGAAUAUGGCAUCCAGUACAACCCGAAUGACCCGCUGUCAAACAGGACUGUUCAGGUGGCUAGCACACUGUCUGGUAAUAUUGUCCUUGCUGAGAGACUGAACUAUGAAGAAAGGACACGCUACCUAAUCAUAGUCCAGGCCAAUGAUCGUGCUCCAUAUCCAGCCAGCCGGCACACUGCUACUACAACGAUGACUCUGGAUGUAUUAGAUGGAGAUGACCUGGGUCCCAUGUUCCUGCCCUGCGUUCUGGUCAAUAACACGCGAGACUGCAGCCCUGUCAUAUAUCAUGCCGUCAUUCCUGAACUCAUAGACCCGAGCAAACUGAAUCCCCUAAACGUGUCACCACCCAUCCGAGCGGUGGAUCAGGACAGAAACAUUCAGCCUCCAUCAGACAGACCUGGCAUUCUCUACUUUAUUCUGGUUGGCCAGCCAGCAGUCUACCCAGAGUUCUUUUCUUUGAACAGGACCACAGCAGAGCUCCGCCUUCUAAGGCCAGUUAGGAGGGACCUGUACCAAAGCUUCAACCUUGUCAUCAAGGCCGAGCAGGAUAACGGUCACCCUCUGCCCGCAUUUGCCGACCUGCGGAUAGAGGUGUUGGAUGAAAACAACCAGGCUCCGUACUUCCAACAGCCCUCCUACCAGGGCUUCAUCAGUGAGUCAGCCCCUGUGGGUGGCACCGUCUCAGGCAGAACCAACCUCACAGCACCGCUGGCCAUCAUAGCCCUUGAUAACGACAUAGAGGAGAAUAAAGACCCACAGGUGAAGAUAACACUGAGUGACUACAACACUGUUUUCUCCAUCACCCCUACUGGAAUAACACGUUAUCUUCUGCUGCUCAGACCUGUGGACAGAGAGAUGCAGACGAACUACACCUUCACGAUGGUGGCGUCUGAUGGCGUACAGCAGAGCGUGCCUGUAACGGUGAACAUCCUGGUUAUUGAUGCUAACGACAACACACCCACCUUCUCUCAGGUCUCCUACAACAUCGAGGUGUUCACUAACAUGCAGGCCGGAGAGACUGUAAUACAGUUAACUGCUCAGGAUUCUGACGAGGGUCUGAAUGGUCUGGUGACCUACACCAUCUUGGCAGGAGAUCAGGGACAUUUUGUCAUCAGUAACCGUACAGGUCGAAUCACCAUAGCUCCGGGAGUGAAUCUGAGCAUGGGUCGCUCCUACGCCCUAACUGUCAGAGCAGCUGAUAAUGCACCUGAGGCUGAAAGGAGGAGUUCCAUAACUACAGUUUAUAUUGAGGUUCUACCUCCUAACAACCAGAGUCCUCCACGCUUUCCGCUGACAAUUUACAACCUAGAGAUCAGUGAGGCCAUGAGGAUAGGAGCCAUCCUCAUCAAUCUGCAGGCGAUAGACCGUGAGCUAGAUCCAAUUACAUAUCGUAUUCUGAGUGGCGAUCCACAGCAGAUGUUCAACCUUUCUCAAACUAUAGGCCUACUGAUCUUAGCAAAGGCAUUGGACAGAGAGACCAUUGACCAGUACCGGCUCAUCGUGACGGCCUCCGAUGGCCAUCCCGGAGGGACAUCCACUGCUACUGUCAGUGUUGUGGUCACAGAUGUGAACGACAAUGACCCGACCUUUGACCUCACCUUGCCUAGGAAUUUGACUGUACAGGAGGAGAGGGCCAAUUUGUCUGUGGGUCAAGUUCGGGCCUCAGAUCCAGAUGCUGGGCUGAAUGGUCUUGUGCGUUAUCGGCUCCUCACCCACACAUCUCUCUUCAGCAUUAACGCUAACGGCAGCAUAUUCACAGUUGUGCCUCUGGAUCGGGAAACUCAGAGUCAGUACGAGGUGGUGGUGGAAGCUUCGGACGGGGCAGUGGACCCUCGACGCACAACCCUCACACUGCUGGUGCGAGUGUCAGACAUCAAUGAUAACAGCCCUGUCUUUUCCCAACCAUUUUACGUUGUCAAUGUACCUGAGAACACUCCAGCCGGAACCGUCAUCCUUCGCCUUAAUGCUACAGAUGAAGAUCUGAUCUCUAAUAUAACAUAUACUAUAAGGACAGAGGCAGCACGUCAGCUGUUUGCAGUGGACAGGAUCACUGGAGCUCUGUCAGUGCUGCAGUCUCUGGACUUUGAGGCUCUUGGUCGAGAUGGUACUAACUACACGUUCCAGGUGGAGGCUUUGGAUUAUGAAGGUGUCCUGCCCCCUGGAAUAGCUACAGUUACAGUGAGGAUAACGGAUGUGAAUGAUUAUACUCCAGUCUUCGUUCGGCCUCUUUAUAAAGGCAUGGUGGCUCCUAACGCUGAGAAGGGAACGUUAAUCACAACAGUAUUCGCAACUGAUCAAGACCCUCCCGGGACACCAGCCAGCAGGGUGCGGUACAGAGUGGACCAGGAGCAGUCUCCCUACAGCGGCAGCAUUUUUGAUGUAGAGGAUACCUCAGGCAGAGUCAUCACUAAAGUGAACCUGAAUGAGGAGCCCAGCACUACUUUUAGACUGAUAGUGAUCGCUUUUGACGAGGGUGAGCCAGUGAAGAUGAAUACAACGCUAGUGGAGAUCACCGUCCUGCAGCCCUCCAGAAUACCUAUCUUUACAGAGGAGGAGUACUGGUUCAGCCCGGUGAGUGAGAAUGCUCCGAUCGGCCAGGCUGUAGGAAUGGUUCUUGCAGCAGCUGCAAACACCACCGUGUUCUACUCCAUCGUGGGAGGCAAUCAGGGAGGUGAGUUUAGAGUGGAUAACCGCACUGGAAUGAUUUACACCGCAAAGCUGCUAGACUAUGAGACGCGCACCAGCUAUGAGCUCCGUCUGCAGGCCGACUCUCUGGUCCUCGUUUUGGCCAACCUGCGCGUGCCUUCCAAAACAAACACAGCCAAGGUGUUUAUCAACGUGCAGGAUGAGAACGAUCAUCCUCCAGUGUUCACCGAGUCCUUGUACAUUGGCGGAGUAACCGAGGACACUAAGACCUUCACGUCAGUCCUGAAGAUUAUUGCUACAGACGUAGACACAGGGAACUACAGUAAGAUGGCGUACAGGCUGAUCAUCCCCCCCACUCCAGAGGGUCAGGACAGCUUUGUCAUCGAGCAAUACACUGGUAUCAUCAAAAGUGCCAUCAUGUAUCGCAACAUGCGCCGCUCGUACUUUAAAUUCGAGGUCAUCGCCACUGAUGACUAUGGAAAAGGUCUGAGCAACAGCGCCGGGGUGGUGGUGUCUGUGGUGAAUGCAUUGGACAUGCAGGUAGUGGUGUCCAAUGUGCCGCCUACCGUUGUGGAAGAGAACAAAGAGCAGCUUGUCAGGAUUCUCGAGCGCUAUGUGCAGGACCAAAUCCCUGGAGCUAAAGUGAUAGUGGAAUCCAUCGGACCACGCCGGCAUGGGGAAGGAUAUUCAUUAGAGGACUACAGCAAAUCAGACUUGCAGGUGUACGCCAUCGACCCUCUCACAAACAGGGCCAUAUCCCGACAAGAGCUCUUCAAGUUUCUGGAUGGUAAGAUUCUAGACAUUAAUAAAGAGUUCCAGCCAUAUCUGGGUGAAGGUGGGAGGAUUUUGGAAAUCCGCUCGCCAGACAUUGUGGCUACGGUGAAGAAAGCUGCUCAGGCUGUGGGCUACACAGAGGGAGCGCUACUCGCCCUUGCCAUCAUCAUCAUCCUUUGCUGCAUCCCAGCCAUCCUCAUCAUCAUGAUCACCUACAAACAAUUCAAAGAGAAACAGGCCGAGUGUGCCAAAACCGCCCGCAUCCAGAGGUCACUUGCUACUUCAAAAUCAGCUGCUGCUCCGGUUCCAGUUUCAGCUCCAGCUUCAGCUCCAUCCAAUCUCUAUGAGGAGCUUGGAGAUGGCAAAAUGUAUGAUCCGUAUCCUCCUUAUGGGAGCCGCAGGAGGUUGAUAUCUCCCAUGUACGAUGAGUACGGAGAGGCCAUAAUGGACGAUGAUGGCUACUACUACAGUGCCUAUGGACCAGAGGCUGUCAGAAAGAAGCAGAUGAAGUUAAUUGUAGAGAAAGAGGGUGAGUCAACGACUACAGGAGAGGACAGCGGUCCAGACAUCCAGAGGAAUCGUCUGCCUAAUGUUAACUGUCAAAGCAAUGUCAAUGGUUCAGUGUACCUGGCACAGAAUGGCACGAUCAUUAGAACCCGACGGCCACCUUAUCCCAAUAACAUAAAACAUUUUUCACCUGGACGGCUAGGAAAACAGUUCAAGAAACUGGACAAGUUAGGAGUCACGCAGGAGGAACAUUUGCCUUUAAAUAGUACAGUGGGUAAUGGACCUACCAUAGGAACCACAGCCACACUUUCAUCAACGACUAACAACAACCUCGAUACCAGGCCCUUAACCUGGUCCAUAGGGUCUAGUAUGGGGCCAAAGUCCAACAUCGUUAAAGCGCAUUUGGACCAGCAGGGGUGCUGUCAGCAGGAACAGGAGUCCAGAGUGGACAAUGAGGAAGUCAAAGAGACCCUUGAGUCUCCAAGUGAUCAUACACUGUCAGAUGAGGAGGAGUUGUGGAUGGGCCCCUGGAACAACCUUCACAUACCAAUGACAAAACUCUGAUGUCUCUGAUGUUUUAUUUCUUCUACUUUUGUUGAAUUAUUGAUUUGUUUUUAUUUCUCAUUUCUCAGACUGGUUUCAACCAUCGUUUUAUAUAUGCAUAUCAAUAACCAAGAUAUAUAUACAGGUGCAUCUCAAAAAAAUUUGAAUAUAAUAGAAUUUUUUUUUUUUGGCAAUUUAAGGCAAAAAGUGGAACUUUCAUAUAUUCUAGAUUCAUUACACAUAAAGGGAAAUAUUUCAAGCCUUUUUUGUUUUAAUCUUACAGCUUAUGGAAAUCAAAAAUCCAGUAUCUCAAAAUAUUCGCAUAAAGAAUUUAUAAUACAGAAAUGUCGCCCUGAGAAUAGCUCUAAUCACCUAAUUAACUCAAAACACCUGCAAAGGUAUCCUGAGCUUUUAAUCUCUCAGUCUGGUUCAGUACACACAACAACAAUCAUGGGGAAGAUGAAAGUAAAUUUUGCAUUUCAUUUGGAAAUCAAGGUCCCAGAGUCUGGAGGAAGAGUAGAGAGGCACAGAAUCCAAGUUGCUUGAAAUCCAGUGUGAAGUUUUCUGAAGUCGAGAGUCAAUGCAGCGUCUAACAGGAGAUUUUAGAGCACUUCAUACUUCCAUCUGCUGACAAGCUUUAUGGAGAUGCGGAUUUCCUUUUCUAGCAGGACUUGGCACCUGCCCACAGUGCCAAAACUACUAGUAACUGGUUUGCUGACCAUGGUAUUACUGUGCUUGAUUGGCCAGCCAACUCACCUGACCUGAACCCCAUAAAGAAUAUAUGAGAGACACCAGACCCAACAAUACAGACGAGCUGAAGGUCUCUAUCAAAGUAACCUGGGCUUCCAUAACACCUCAGCAGUGCCACAGGCUGAUUGCCUCCAUGCCACGCUGCAUUGAUGCAGUAAUUUGUGCAAAAGAAGCCCCAACCAAGUAAAUUAACAUACUUUUCAGAAGGUUGACAUUUCUGUAUUAUAAAUCUUUAUUCUAAUAUUUUGAUUUCCAUGAGCUGUAAGCCGUAAUCAUCAAGAUUAAAACAAACAAAAAAAAAGGCUUGAAAUAUUUCACUUUGUGUAAUGAAUCUAGAAAAUAAGAAAGUUCCACUUUUUGGGAAAAAAAAAGAGAAAAAAUUAACUUUUCAACAAUAUUAAAAUUUUUUAGAUGCAACUGUAUAUACACUGUAUUACAUCUGAUAUGUUAGUGAUAGGUAAAUGGUUGGUUGUUUUGGCAGAGAGAACUGUUCCUCCUAAUUCAAAAUCAUUGGUUAAAAGCAGUCCCAGUGACAAAAAGAAUUAUUGGCAUAUUAUAUUUAUUAUAUUAUUUUUAAUACACAACGAUUGUUAUAAGAACAUUAUGUAGCCAGUUAAAGAUUUUCAGGUGGUGUUUUUUUUAAAUGUGCAUCAUUGAAAGGUUUAUAGAAUUUUUCAAGUACCUCAAAUGUCUCAGAUAGAUAACUGUUCAUUUAAAACAUUUUUGGAAAUUUUCUAAACACACACACACACACACACACACACAGAAAGAGAGAGAAAAGUGCAAAUUAGCAUCCCAAAGAUGUGAAUGGAUAUUGUUUGGAUGAUUUUUAACAUAGAAUUUUAGAAAAUAAAUGGCUGUAACAGCCCUGAUAUUUUAAAGAAAAGAGAGAGAGAGAACAUAUAUGGAAUACAUGUAUUUUCAUAACCUCAGUUAUCUAUAUUUUAGAGCAUUUGGAUUAUAUAUGAAAAUUAAUGAGAUCAAAUAAUUUUUUGUCUUAUAUGCAUUUGUUAUC